CGCCGCGCGGGCUACUUCCGGCUGUGCGCGAGCCCCGAGCCUUGGCGAGCCCGCGAGCCUGCAGCGCGAGGAGACAAGAUGGCCGGGCUGCCCCGCAGGAUCAUCAAGGAGACCCAGCGCCUGCUGGCAGAGCCUGUCCCCGGCAUCAAGGCGGAGCCCGACGAGAGCAACGCUCGUUACUUCCAUGUGGUCAUUGCAGGCCCCCAGGAUUCCCCCUUUGAGGGUGGGACAUUUAAACUUGAACUAUUCCUCCCUGAAGAAUACCCCAUGGCAGCUCCAAAAGUACGUUUCAUGACCAAAAUUUAUCAUCCUAAUGUAGACAAGCUGGGAAGAAUAUGUUUAGAUAUUUUGAAAGAUAAAUGGUCCCCAGCGCUGCAGAUCCGCACAGUCCUGCUAUCAAUCCAGGCUUUGUUAAGUGCUCCCAAUCCAGAUGAUCCUCUAGCAAAUGAUGUAGCUGAGCAGUGGAAGACCAAUGAAGCCCAAGCCAUAGAAACAGCCAGAGCAUGGACUAGGCUAUAUGCCAUGAACAAUAUUUAAACCUGCUUUCAACAUCAAGUGUGCAUCACUUCUCCUCUUCUGCCAAGACCUCUUCCUUGGGUUAUUUUUGUUCCUUUUUGGUUGGUUUUUUUGGUGUUUUGUUUGCAUUUAAUGGACACAGUCUUAGAAGCCCGUGAGAGAAUAAAAGCCCAGCCAUCUCCAGUCCUUUGGUGAUUAAAUGCUCAUUAGCAAAUCUGUGUCUUGUCCUAAUUCACUGUUGUACCGCAUGAGCAGAGGCUAGAAGCAUCAGCUGGAUUGUUGUGAAGUCCUUUGAAAGCAGCAGCACAUCUCUGCUUUUAAUCACUUCGGGGGUUUGUUUGUUUCCCCC